AUGCCUUACGAUUUGAGUGUCGUUUCUAAUGCAUUUUAUGGUGACGAUUCAGUUCUAAAUCCCAGAAAAUUUAGUGGACUUGAUAGUAAAGAUGUGGCUCUUUUAGUUCCAGCAAAGCCUGCCAUAAACGUCAUCCCAGGACUGGCACAAUUGAAGAGGCAUUCAAAUGAUCCAAAAACGUGGCUUCGUAGAACUCAGUAUAUCAGUGCAUCAGAAAGUGUUUAUAAAAGUGAUAAUACCGCAACAACUAUGGAGAGCCGUAUGGCUACCCUAAAAGCCAGUAAUGAUCUCUUAAAUCGAACACACGAAGAACAGAUUGCAGCGAUCGAAUACUCUUUUGAAGCUGCGAAUGAUCCCAAACGUCUUAAGAAACUUGAACAUUAUAAGGAUCAGAAAAUUACGCCUGUCGAGAUUCUUCCUAUUUUGCCAGAUUUUGAAAUGAGGAAUCGUAUUCUUGCGCAUUGCUGUUUUGAUAGCGAUCCUUGGGAGGGUGUUCCCAUGGAAGACGAUGAUGACCAAGGAAAGAUGCGCCAAGAUCGCGCUACGAAAGCUUUAGUGAAUCCAAUGGCUAGUGGAAAUGAUAGGUUUUUGAUGCUUUACGUUCCAUCAGCAGAAUCCGCAGAGAGGCUAAAAAACAAGAGAACUUUUGAAGAGUGUAAGGAUGAAGAGAGAAUCAGGGUCCCUGAAAGUUAUGGAAAAACAACAUAUUUAGAAUCAUCUUAUACAGCUCCCGAUUAUGAUGAAUCAUUCUGGGAUAGAUAUAGAUCCGAUAGACUUCACGAGCACGAAAUAGAACAACUUAUGAGGAAAAAACAUAAAG